GCCAAGGCGUUCUUAGGAACGAAGGAAAAAUUGAACAUAUGGAAACUACAAAAUAUCGUUUGACGAUGUUCAUGAUAUUGUGUCUACCUUUCAUAGAUGGAAGGAUGUAGCUGAACUUUUCCAGGCAUUGAUGGAUCCAACACCAGCGCAGAAAUCGCGGAGAGGCGAGAAAACCUCCAGCCGGCCAUUCUAUGCGACCGACGGGCAAACGAGUGCAAAUAUUAUCUCUGAGGCUAGAUCUUCCCUUCGUCCUUUGGACACGAAAAGGCCCUUUACACCAGUAGAAUCCAAUAGAACAUUAUUCAGAGGAAGUGCUGUGAAGCCUUACGAAGGAAGGCCGCCGUCUGCAUUCAGCUUAGGUAGCUACCAGUCUGAAGGAGAAUCCUCGCGUCCUCCAUCAGGGAGGAGGUUAACUCCUAUAGAUGAUGCUCCACAGCUUCCAGGGCCACCAGUUCCCUCCCCGCCCUCUGGUGUGCCCAUGGGUAAAUCCAGAAGACCCCUAAGAUCAUCUUUGUCAGGUUCUGGUGAAGACCUAAAUGCUGAAAAACUCAGCCAGAAGCUUCGUAAAGCUGCACUAGGACAAGGCAGAGAUGCAAGAGCAGAACUUUCUCCAUCUCCUCCAAAAAGGGGGUCUUUUUCUGGCACUCCGCCUCAUAUGGGUGAGCCUCUGAGGCGUACCUCAUCAGAAAUAUUCCCUACCCCACCAACAGUGUCAAAAGAUGUAGUUAGUUCAAGGAGAGUUAGAAGUGGACCGAAAGAACGCUGCUCUCCUGUUAUUGAUUCUGUCACUCGUGUGAAAAGUGGUCCUUUGGAGCGAGGUGAUCCUACUGGGGUUGGAAAUGAACAAGUUGAUGCUCAGAGUUGUUCAUCUUCAGAGCGAAGGAAAAAAUCAGCAGAGAGGAGUGGUAGUGGUGAUAAAAGGAGGAAAAAAUCUCAAGCAGAUGAUGAUAAACCAAAAGAUGAACUUGUCUCUUACUAUGAAGAGAAUGUCAAGCCACUUCUCACUCAAAUGGAGGAAAGGUUUGCAGAGAAAAAUAUGAAAGAACUGUGUCAAGACUGUUUAAAAUUAUGGAAUGCAUUAGAAAAGAAAGGCCUAAUUGGAAAGGCCAGUGGAAGUUUUUCUGCAAGAAGAAGAGGAGAAAUUUUACGGACAGUUUUUAAGUUCUUGGAUCUCAGUGACCCAAGGUUGCUUUUAAGACUUGGCAGGUUAAUUCUUGCGAUGAAGGUGACUGGUAACAAUUUAACCAAUGUAUGUAUGGUGGUUUACAAAGUGGCAAAAACAGAGAAAAAUGAUCAGUUAUUUCUGGAAGAAGACAUUUUAAAGAGUCUGGUAGACACUUUGAAAAGCUGUGAAAUAGGAAAUCACCAUGAUGCAUUAGUUUACACUGCUGGAGCUAUUAAACAUCUUUCAAGCAAUAAUCACACAGUUCAAAAGGAGUUAGUCUCUCUGGAUGGCAUUGAGGGUUUAGCACAAAUUCUUGACACUAUAAGUAAAGAUGUGUUAAUGACCAUGAAAGGGAAUUCACAGUUUGCCAGUUUGCUGGUUCAGGUAACUGGAGCACUAAGGAACCUUGCUGAUGUCUCUGGAGCCAGAGAGCUGUUUGUUAGCACAUGUGUAGUUAGAAACUUGGCAAUAGUUUUGGGACCAUAUUCAUCUGACAGUGAAGUGGUGUGGAAUGUAUGCCGUGCAUUGAGUAAACUAACACUGUACACAGACUGCUGCAGUGAAUUGGUCGACUCAAUUGCUUGGCUUCCAGCACUGAGCAAGAUCCUAUCAGCCUAUGAAAAGAAACAGGAAUUGGUGGUCCGGGUCUGUUUCAUUCUUGGUAACUUAACAUCUAAGAGUGAGAAAGUCAGAGAAGCCAUUUUCUUUGAUGAAGCAUUUAUGGCUGUGUUACUCUCUGUCAUGCAGUCAUACUUCAACCUUGAGCUGGAGGUGCUGAAAAAUGGGCCCACAGCUAACGAAAAUUUGAUUAAUGGAGAAAACAAAGGUCUUAACAAGAAUGAAGAUGUGCUGAUCAAGGCUAUCAGAGUAAUUGCCAACUUAUCAAUCAAUGCAGAGGCUGGUGCAGGGAUUGCUGCUAAUGAAGCAUUAGUUGACCUUUUAAUCCAGAUUCUUGAUGUAAAGGAUGCACUUGUCAGCGAAGAACUUGUUCUGAACACAGUAUCAACUCUGAACAAUCUGUCUUACUACAAUAGUGCUGAAAGUGUUGUACAGCAGAGACAAGUUGAAAUCACAGAGAUGCUAAUUUCGUUGUUAAUGCCGGAGAACAUGGAUGCAAUGGUGGAAGCAACUCGUGUGUUUGGGAACUUUUCUAGAACAAAAGAAGUGAGAACUUUAUUGGCAGAGCAAAAAGUUGAUGAAAUCAUGAUUGCUCUAUUGGAUGCUGGUGAGAGGGAAACAGUGUUCACAGCCUGUGGUGUGCUAAUUAACCUGAUGAUUGAUGAGAAUAUCAAACCAAAGCUGAAAGAGGAAGAUGGAAUUAAAAAACUGGUUGAUGUGUUACGUGACUUUGGUAAACAUGAUUGGCAGUUGUCAAGUAUGGUGUGCCAGAUCCUGUGGAACUAUAGUGACAAGAUAACCAGCUCAUCAGAAACAUUUGGUGACCAGGAAGCACUAGAAUUAAUGGAUAUUCUCGCACAAUAUUUAGAUGAGGAUAUUGCUCUUGAUUCAAGUGAAUUAGAUGCUGUGGAAUCAAACCUUCCAGAAAUGUUAAGAGAAAUGUGGGAAAGCCAGUUUGUCCCUGUGGGGCAGCACCUGCUUCACAGAGUUAAGUCGCACCAUACAGACCUUGUUCCGUUGGAGUUGCCUAGUAAUUAACAAGCAUGAUGCUCACACCAGUCUUGUAGACAGAGACUGGGAUCAACAUGCUUUAAACUAAAUUUUAGACAGGUAACUGUGAAGAAGUUGUGUCAUUCAACGACAAAAACCAUCCGCUUGCUUACAAAUUUUUUAUUGCAUUAACACAGCUAUGCUGAAGGAAAUUGUUACAGUAUACAUGUGGAUCUCUACCUUCAAACCAAUCUUAUUCACAGAUGGUGUGUAUAGUAAUAUCAUUCAAGAAUGACAAUGCAUCACAUUGUCCUCAAUUUCAUCCCAUACAAAAUGUUAUAAAUACAUAACCUUUCAUAUAACUAUCAGUCCUCGUGUGAAAAUAUUGGGGGCAUACCAAGACAUAUAUGUAAGUUUUCUGCCUGUCAACAUUAUGAUUUUAACUUAUUUCUUGCGUGGAUUGACAGGGAAUAGCAAGGAGACACGUUCCUUUGUGGGAAAUUGGAUUCUGAUUUCCCCCAAGAAGUCCUACGAAGCUUUUUGUUUGUCUAGUUUAUUGAAUAAGGUUACCAAAGGACAUAGUAGCCAUAGAAGACAGCCCAUUUCUCAAAUUUAAUUUAUAAACUUGCAUCUCUGUACGAAAGAGCUCCUAUUUUGUUAAUUAAGAUUUUCACUGGACAACUUGUAAAAAGAGUAUUGAAAAGGACUUCAUAAAGUUCUCCUUGUGUGGUUUUAUGUAAACUCAGAAACAAUUUUAUUUAUUAUCUUUAGAACAGUGUGAAAAAGAGAGAAUUUUAAAUAAAUAAAUAAAGA